AUGCUGCGCCACGUGCUGUGCGUGUUGGCCCUCGCGCUGUGCUGCUGCACACCUCUGUGCGUGGUUGCGUCUGGUGCUGCUCGUGCAACUGCGGGCAUAGUUGAAUUUCCACUUGCUAUUGGCGACGCGAAGAUAACGCUGACGGGGACUGUUGAUGCGACCAACUGCACAGCAGCGUCCCCCCAGGCUACUGGGGUAACCAAGGAUGUUACCAUUUCCACUACGGUUGGUUUGGCGAGGACGGGUGACUCACAAGAUGCGAAAGGAAGUGCGAAUGUACCAUCUGAGGUAAUUAAAGUUCCUGUUGGGUAUAGCAUGACGCUGGAGACCUCACUGGGUGUUAAAUGUACGAAGAAAGUCCCAACGCCUGCAGAAGCCACUGACACAACGUGUACAGUUAACGAGGGUGCCGUAGCUACCAACAGUAUCACCUAUGAUGCCAACGUGGAGACCACUGCAACGGACUACGACCCCAAGAAGAUCAUCGAAAACAAAAAGCAUAAAGUGAAAGUCACAGAUGGGUACGACGUGGAAAUCGUUGCGAAUGUUGUUGCCAAAUGCAGUCCUUUACCAGAGGCCAAAUCAUCUCUCCUGCCUGGACAGACCAAGGGUCCUAGCGGGGGAAAAGGGGAAUUACAUCUGAGUGAUAAGAUAACGCAGCCCGAAGCAGUUGCUCGUGCAGUGGAGGGUCCUGAGGGCAGGUUAAAGGCUGAUGAGGACCCUGAGGAGCCUACAGGCCCUUCCACUGCCACUGGAAGAGGAACUGCACAGGGUCUACCAAGUGCCAGCGCGGACCCCUCCGCAGGGACCCACCAGCCGCGACUCACGCCCGUGACAGAAGGCGGCUCAGCCGUUGAAGAGACCAACAGCGAGGAGACACACACAGNCCAGCCGCGACUCACGCCCGUGACAGAAGGCGGCUCAGCCGUUGAAGAGACCAACAGCGAGGAGACACACACAGUGGACGAAGGUGCCACUGCCACUGAGUCAAAUGGUGCCCCGGAGACUGUUGCCAAGCAGCCGUCUGAAACAGAAGCGCAAACAACUGUGGCACCUGCUGCUUCUGCACCGCGGGAGUCCAGCUUCACUACCAGCAGCUCCGGUGGUGAGGCUCACACCAAUCGUAACGCGGAUGGGGUCAGUGGCUCUCCAUGGUUGCGUGCGCCACUGAUGCUGACUGCGGUGCUGAUGUCUCUUUCUGUUUAUUGA